UCACUUCGCCUCUUCACUCAUAUUUUCCAGGUCAGCAAUCGUUUUUGGUUUGCUGUUCAAUCAAAAGUUAACAAUUAUAAAGAAUGCCUGCUCCUGCUAGUUCAACGUCCGUCGGCAGCGGCUCACGCUCGCCCAGCAAAUUGUCCGCGCCACGUAGCGCCGGAGCUGGUGGUGGGAGCACGCUGAAGCAGCGCAAGACGACCAGCAGCACCACCGCAGCCAGAAGCCGUGCCCCUGGUGGAGCCGGUACUGGUGGUAUGUGGCGUUUCUACACAGACGACUCCCCCGGCAUCAAAGUUGGACCCGUUCCCGUUCUGGUUAUGUCGCUGUUGUUCAUUGCUUCCGUUUUCAUGCUGCACAUUUGGGGAAAAUACAAUCGUUCUUAAGCCAUUACGUUCAUAGCCAAUAAAAUACUUUCACCUCAACGAACGUGA